GAUGAGGGAGAAAAACAUCAUUUUCUUUGUGUGCAAGUAACGCGUGAAUCAUCACAGCCGUGAAUCUUGACGGCACACCGACAAGUAGCAACUGUUACUUCUGUUGUCGACAGACAAAAUGAGGACGUCUGCUGGAAAGUAUGCAAGUGUGUGGGCCAGCGCGUGUGUAAACAGUUCUGGUGAAUUCCGCAGACGUCCGGCGUCUGCGAAUUGAAAAGAGGAGACCCGAAAACAUUCUGCACUGGCGGACAAAUGUGGGGCAAAUGGACGUUUGAGGACCCUUCGGAAAGAGCUCCGGCCCGCCCAUUGACGCAGAUGUAAACACACAGCCAUCAAGCGAUUGUCCACAUCAAAAGUAAAACAAAAUGGACUCUAAAACUCCAAGCCACAAUCCUCAAGAUGUUCCGAUGAUUCGAAGCGGCAGCUUCUUCAAGCUGAUUGAUGCAUUUGCACUGGAGAUUGGGGAGUUAAAGAAGGAGAUGGUUCACACCUCUUCCACAGUGGACCUGGAGCCCGUGGACCUACAAGGGCCGGAGAGAGACGUGUGUGGCGACAUGAGUGCCAUUGAUCUGGGGUCCCCCCAAAGUGGCAGCGCGAGAUGUGAAAGGGAUUAUGGAUAUGACUCAUUACGGAGGAGGAUGAGCGUGUUGGACAGACUGACUCAAACCCACCUCGUGUGGCUGCUGCUGACAGUCAAUGAAGAGGAGGCCACACACAUCCUACUUAAACAGCCGCCAGGGGUUUUCUUGGUAAGGAAGUCAGUCACACUGCAGAGGAAGGUCCUCUCUGUGCAUCUGAAAGAUGAUCGGGCAGGGAGCUCCAUCAGCCACUUCCCCAUCAGAGAGAGCCAGUAUACAUUUUCUCUUGAUGGAUCUGGGAUCAGCUUUGCAGAUCUUUUCCGCCUGGUGGCUUUCUACUGUAUAAGCAGGGAUGUGUUGCCCAUGCCUCUCAAACUACCCGAAGCCAUUGCAUCUGCCAAGACACAAAAAGAUCUAGAAGAGGUGGCUCAACUUGGACCAGGCUUUUGGGACUCUGCCCUGUCCAGCCAGCGGGCGACCUCCCACCCUCCCCGUCGACCUUCAAGCCGAACUCUCAGCCCCCAACGGAUAAGCAGGACCGGCGAGGACCAGGGGUCGGAGCAGUGUUAUACUGGGCCCCAGUGUGACAGCGCACCACCAACAUUACGCCACCGGACUCCUUCCUCCAGAAGUGACAAAAGGCAUUCCAAUGCUACUCUCUGCUUUGUCAACCCACUGUUUUUCCAGACUCGGCAGCACCACCACUGUACAGAAGAUCCAACUUCACAUGAGUCUAACAACGUGCCUAUGACACCCACAAGUGGCGGCCAAGAGAGCAAGCAGCACCCAGACGAAAUUCAAGUGAACCGCAAAUCGCAACCCCCUCCUCGUCCUCCCCCACCUCGCUUGAUGCUGCGCAAGCGACCGGCACCACCUCCACCUGGAGUUCCAGCUCUUACCACCAGACCCAAAAGCAUGCCAAUGGCCAUUCCCGUGGCCCCACGACAACAGCCUGCCCCCACCCGGCGCCCGGCCCCGCCUCGACCGACAAUAGGUACUAAACACAGCGGCCCACUCAAAGGUUCACCAAGAUCGCCAAUCCCUGUGCCUUCAAACCCACCACCUCCAAGACCGAAUAAGCCCGUUGUGGACCACCACUGCCACGUUGCCCUUGAUGAUGAGACCAUUGCUCAAGCUUUGUCUAGAGUCAAGCUCCCCGCUUCCGUUCUGGAUCAUCUUCCACUGGAGGACAGCAGCGUGAGUCCAUCAAUCCAAAACAAGAGGAGACUUCAACGGCUCAGUGACAUGAGCAUGUCGACUUCUUCCUCUGAUUCAUUGGAAUAUUCACAGUCUCCUGGGUUAUCCCUGGGCCUGGGCUCCAGCCAGUCAUGCCAUCUUAACCAUCAAGAGAAUGUAGAGGACACGAGUGAGGAUGAUGAUGAUGAUGACGAGGAUGGCGAAGAGGAAGUGGAGGAGGACUACGGUGUGGGCCUAGAGGCUGACUUGGAAAUGCGUCUGCGUCCGUCCUUUAAAGCUAGAAGUCGCAGGGUGGGUGUGAGUCUAAGUGGGGGAUCAUUUAUUCUUCCCCGGGCCUUAAAGGGACGCCUACGCAAGGUCAGCGGUAUGCUCACAUCUUUGAUGACUCCAGAGAGACGGACAGUGAAAAAGAUAGCUGAGCUGUCUCGGGAUAAAAGUUCAUAUUUUGGCUCACUGGUUCAGGACUAUAUCAGCUUUGUUCAGGAGAAUCGUGGUUGCCACACAUCGGGAGAGGAUUUUUUGCAGACACUCAGGCAGUUCAUGACGCAGAUGAAAGCUUACCUGUGCCAAAGCUCUGAGCUGGACCCUCCGAUCGAAUCGCUCAUCCCUGAAGAUGUGAUUGAACAUGUGCUGGAAAAGGCCAUGCACAAGUGUGUGCUGAAGCCCCUGAAGACUUUCAUCGACGUGGCCUUACAUGAUUUCCAGGUUCGCAGUGGAGAUUGGCAGCAGAUGAAAGAGAAUUUGGCCUUGGCUAAAUCCAAGAGGCCUCAGGAGCUGGGCGUGGAUGGUGCAGUACCGCCUGACGCUGUGGCAAUUGAGAAGAUUCGACAUAAGUUUCUUGACAUGAGGAAGAUGUACUCGCCUGAGAAAAAGGUGUCGCUGCUGUUACGCGUGUGCAAGCUCAUCUACACCAUCAUGCAGGACAACUCAGGGAGGAUGUACGGCGCGGAUGACUUCCUGCCCAUGUUGACGUAUGUGGUAGCGCAGUGUGACAUGCCUCAGCUGGACAUGGACAUCCAGUACAUGAUGGAACUACUGGAUCCAUCUCUUCUUCAAGGAGAAGGAGGAUACUACCUAACAAGUGCCUAUGGGGCGAUGGCCCUCAUCAAGAAUUUUCAGGAGGAGCAAGCAGCAAGGGUGCUGAGCUCUGAGGCCAGAAACACUUUACAUCAGUGGCACCGCCGUCGCACUGCUCAGCGUUCGGCACCCACAGUGGACGACUUUCAGAACUAUCUACGUUUAGCCCUGCAAGAUGUGGAUACAGGCUGCACAGCCAAAACCUUACUCGUCCAUUCAUACACCACGACAGAAGAGGUCUGCUCACUUUGUGCUUCUAAAUUCAAGCUUUCAGAGCCUGAGCGCUAUGCUCUCUUUCUGGUCACCGAGGACACCUGCCAGCAACUGGCGCCCGACACGCACCCUCAGCAAAUCAAAGCUGAGCUUCACAGCCGACCCCGUGCAAAGACCUUCCAUUUUGUCUACAGAAGGGUGCCUCAUCUAAACCUUUGUAUACCGGCCUCCAUUAUUGAUAUUUGAGUUGAACAAUGAGGGAAUAUUUCCCCAAAUGGCCGUUACUUAUAUGCAACCAGUCACUGAUAUUCAACUAGUGUUCUCGUACUUAAACAAGAUUGACUGAUGAUGCGUUUUAAUGGUUCUGUCAUGUGGGACGUUGGACUUCGGGGAAAGUGGUAUGAGUCAUAAUGGGCCCUUAAACAUCUAUUACGGCAACAUUUUGUUCAUGGCCUCAUGUUAGCAAAGAUACUGUACGUGAAAGAGGAAAUUCUGAGGUUUGAGAUGCAGAAGAAAGUUGGUUGUUUUUUGUUUGAUUCUAAACAUUUGGAUAUGCAGACUGUCUGAAAAAGCAGCGAUGACAUAUGAUAAAAGCCUUUUAUGUAUUUAACUUAUCCAUUAACUGCUGUAAUUCCAUUCUGCCUUCAAAAGGAAAUCGAAAUAGUGUCUGCUACUGCAAGCAUUCGGAUCACCAAGUGAUGAGCUGUCUUCAAUGAACAUGAACUAUGUAAAACCACGUCAGCUAUUGUUACUAUUAAUGUUUCACUCCUGUUUCUUAGCAAUUGCUGGUCAAUUGUGACUUGUAUGCAAUAUCACACAUUUUAUAUUCAAAUGAUCCUUUUCAUAUAAUUAUCUCUAUGGUAGCAAAGAUUGGUGUUCUGCCGUGGACUUGAUACGUGACUCUUUCUUUUAUUUAUUUUUUUAAUUUUUUCUUACUCAAAAGCAUUUGUGUACUGCCAUAAAGUUUGCUCCAAACAAAAUAAUAUGACAAGAUGUCACAAUACAUUUCAACAUGAC